CGCGCCUGCGCAGCCCAGGCCCCGCCCCUAGCCCAUGCUUGGGUCCCCACAGCAAACAUGGCGGCUCCCUGUGUGUCCUGCGGCCGGGUGGUUUCCUACCGCCUCUUUCUCGGGGGUAGGGUUAUCCUCGCCCAGAGGCAAGGCUUGUGGAAAACCGCUGCAGCUGAGUUGCAGAAAGGUGCCGGGUCCCAGAUAUUAAGGCUAAGACACACCACACCUGUAAUGACGAAGAAGAAGAUUGCUGCCUCAAGACAUGAAACUUACACAGAGGAUUUUAUUAAAAAGCAGAUUGAAGAGUUCAACAUAGGAAAGAGACAUUUAGCCAACAUGAUGGGAGAAGAUCCGGAAACUUUCACCCAAGAAGAUAUUGAUAGAGCCAUCACUUACCUUUUCCCAAGUGGUUUGUUUGAGAAACGAGCCAGGCCAGUAAUGAAGCAUCCUGAACAGAUUUUUCCAAAACAAAGAGCGAUCCAGUGGGGAGAAGACGGCCGUCCAUUUCACUUCCUCUUCUACACUGGCAAGCCAUCGUACUAUUCAUUAAUGCACGAAGUAUAUGGGAAGCUACUCCACAUAGAGAAACGUCAAGAUCAGUUGCGAGCCCGUGGUCCACUUCCAGAAAAAUCUGAAGCCAGCAGAGACCUGAUUGGCAGCAGAUGGCUGAUUAAGGAGGAACUAGAAGAAAUGUUAGUGGAAAAACUGUCAGAUCAAGAUUAUACGCAGUUCAUCCGGCUGCUGGAGCGGUUGUUGACGAUGCCGUGUAACACUGCCGAAGAGGAGUUUGUGCAGAGGUUUCGCAGGAGUGUAACUAUUCAGUCUAAGAAGCAGCUGAUCGAACCUGUGCAGUACGACGAGCGAGGGAUGGCCUUCAGUAGGAGCGAGGGUAAGAGGAAGACUGCAACUGCAGAGGCCGUUGUCUAUGGACAGGGAAGCGGGCGCAUCAGCAUAAACGGGACCGACUACCUGCUGUACUUCCCCGUCAUGCAGGACAGAGAGCAGCUGAUGUUCCCCUUCCACUUCCUCGACCGGCUCGGAAAGCACGAUGUGACCUGCACGGUCUCCGGGGGCGGCAGGUCGGCGCAGGCUGGAGCCAUCCGCCUGGCCGUGUCCAAAGCCUUGUGCAGCUUCGUCACCGAGGAUGAGGUCGAGUGGAUGAGACAAGCUGGACUGCUCACCACCGACCCACGCGUCCGAGAGCGGAAGAAGCCAGGCCAAGAAGGGGCCCGCAGGAAGUUUACCUGGAAGAAGCGCUGAGGUGUUUACAGGAGCACAGGGAAAGGCCAGAGAAGGCGCCCGGCCGGGGCCAGACCUUCAGGCAGAAAUGCUAGAGCCGUGAGCUGGAGAGGGUUUAUUUUUAAACACCACUUUGUAAAGGUUACCUGUAAGAAAUAAAAAUUAAAGAAUGUUUUA